CGUUUAGAUGCACCCACUUGUCUGAUAAGAUUUGUGAUUAACUAAAGUAUUACUCAUGAUGAUGAUAAGGUAUGAGGUGUUGAAAUUAGCGCGAUCAUAUUUGAGAUCUGUAGUGAACUGGUACAGUAGGCCAUCAAAAUGAAGCAAAUUGUGAAACUCGGAUUUGUGUUUGCUGUUCUUUGCAUUGUUUCGGCUGCAGCUGAAACUCUCAGAUGCUAUGAUUGUGACCCUAGUCAUGAUGGAGACAAAUGUGGAGAUCCUGAAAACUUCAAUGCAAGGCUAGUAAUUUGUAAUGCUACUAGAGGAGAAACGAUGUGCUUGUCUGCAUUUUAUAUUGGAAAAGGAGAUAAAACACAUAAGACCGGAGUAUACAGAGGGUGUUUUGCAAGAAGACCAGAUGUGAGAGAUCAAUGUGAGUACUUCAGGGAACAGAAUCAGCAAGAAAAUGUUAAUGUUGUUUCAUGCCUACCAUGCACAGAAGCCAGGUGUAAUGUCCAUUUAUUUGAUGAUAAAGGAUUACCUAAGAACAGUGUUACCAAGAAUGCAUCAUCUGUACUUUUAACCUUUGUAAUAAAUAUUUUAAUUGUUUCAAUAUCACUUUUGUAUAGAUCAUAAUAAUUUACGAAAUAUAUACAUGCAUAAUGCUAAUACAUUGAUUAAUCC